CGCCGCAGAGCCCACGUCUGCGCCGGCGCAGAUGCGCAGCAGCCUCCGCGGCCCGGGAGCAGCAUGGCGGCGUCCUCCGCGGGCGAAAAGGAGAAGGAGCGACCGGGCGGCGGGUCGGGGGCGGCCUGCGGCAACAGCACGCGAGAGCGGCUGCUGUCUGCGCUGGAGGAUCUGGAGGUCCUGUCCAGGGAGCUCAUAGAAAUGCUGGCAAUUUCAAGAAACCAAAAGUUGUUACAGGCUGGAGAAGAAAACCAGGUGCUGGAGUUAUUAAUUCACAGAGAUGGGGAAUUUCAGGAACUAAUGAAAUUGGCACUUAAUCAGGGAAAAAUUCACCAUGAAAUGCAAGUUUUAGAAAAAGAAGUUGAGAAGAGAGACAGUGAUAUUCAGCAGUUACAAAAACAGCUAAAGGAAGCUGAACAAAUACUGGCAACAGCUGUUUACCAAGCAAAAGAAAAACUGAAAUCAAUAGAUAAGGCAAGAAAAGGUGCUAUCUCCUCUGAAGAAAUAAUUAAGUAUGCACAUAGGAUUAGUGCAAGUAAUGCUGUGUGUGCCCCACUGACCUGGGUUCCAGGGGACCCACGGAGACCAUACCCAACGGAUUUAGAGAUGAGAAGUGGAUUAUUGGGUCAAAUGAACAAUCCUUCCACUAAUGGUGUGAAUGGUCAUUUACCUGGAGAUGCACUUGCGGCAGGCAGAUUGCCAGAUGUCCUUGCUCCACAGUAUCCCUGGCAAUCAAAUGAUAUGGCAAUGAAUAUGUUACCACCAAAUCACAGUAAUGACUUUUUGUUGGAACCUCCAGGGCAUAAUAAAGAAAAUGAAGAUGAUGUAGAGGUUAUGUCAACAGACUCCUCAAGCAGUAGUAGUGACUCUGAUUAAAAAAGCAUACAAAAUUGAAUACUGUAGAAUUCUGUUUCUUAAACAAUAGCAAACCUGUAAAAAAAAAAAGGUAAUAUUGGCCAUAGUGGAAUUGUGCAGCCCAUUAAAAAUUACAGAUUUACUUUUUAAAGCCAAAAAUCAUGAUUUUAGUUCUAAACCAUUUGUUGAAUAUUUAGAGAAUUAUCAAAAUUUACUGUUGGGCCCUAGCUGGGUGCUCAGUGGUUAGAGCAUUGGCCCAUGGACUGAAGGGUCCCAGGCUCAUUUCUGGUCAAGGGCACUUACCUUGGUUGCAGGCUCGAUCCCCAGCCCCAGGCAGGGUGUGUGAGGGAGGCAACCAAUCGAUGUGUCUCUCUCACAUAGAUAUCUCUGUCUCUUCCCCUCCUUUCAUUCUUUCUAAAAAUCAAUGGAAAAUAUCCUUGAGUGAGGAUUAAAAAAGAAAAAUUACUGUUGGGAAAAAAGAUUAUUUGAUUCAGUGCCUUCUUACCCUGUUCUAGUUUAGUUGUGUUGGACUUGUACAUAGUAGUUCUGGAAAUAAGAUUUGAGGUAAAUGACCCAUGUAUAUAUCACUAAUAGGCUUCCUGGAAUUAUUUAGAAAAUAUUUUUUUUUAAAGGCAGCAUAUCACUGAAUGUGCAUCAUAUCAAAAUAUCAAAAACCCUACUGAAAGUGAAGGUUGUCAGCUUCUGUCACAGGAACAGGAAAAAUGUCUCAAUUUGUACUAUUUGUAAUUAUAGUAAUUUUUAAAAAUAAACUAACUUGUUUAUACUGUUUAA